AUGACGACCACAGUCGAGCUUGCCGCUGUCCCUUCGGCCGACACUCCUGGUACCUGCAUUUACAUGCAUCACGACAAGCGCUCCUAUGUCUUUGGCCGCGUCUCAGAGGGAACGCAGCGAGCAUUCGGAAGCCGAAAAAUACACAUGGGAGGAACAGAACACGUCUUCCUUAGCGGCAGUGUGAACUGGGAGCAGCUGGGCGGCCUCUGUGGCUAUCUGCUGAGCGUCGGCGGAGCCAUUGAGUCAGCCAAAGAGUUCACGACGCAGGAGAAUGCCAAGAGGGAGCAAAAGGGCCAGAAGCUGCUCAACAAGACGCUUCAUGCCGGAAUUGCGGUGCACGGAGCAGACAACUUGUGCCACACACUGGCAGCCUGUCGUCCCGUCAUCUUUCGACAGCCCAUUUGCGUGCGGACCUACGAGCACAGGACAGACCCGCGAGCGACAGAUGCAGCAAACCUCGAGCCAGAUUGGUCAGACGAUGCCAUCAAGGUCUGGAAAAUACCGGUACGGCGAGCACGAUCGAGCAGCCCCCGAAAACGACGACACAGCGAUCCGGCCAUGGAUGUGGCUGAAGAUGCAUCUUCGGAGGAGGCCACCUUUCAGCCGCGAUCAUCCGUAUCAGACCCCGAAAUUGCAAGCGCAAUAGUCGAGCGGAUCAUGUUCAACGGUAGCCUAAAAAACAGAUCUGUAUUAAUACCAAAGAAGAUACGCGAUCUCAAACCUACAGACAAAGCUGCCAUUGUAGAAAAUGGCACAAUCAGACUAUACAAGGGCCCGUACAUGACUGAUGGCGCAGAGGUUUCAAAUCCAGAUGAUACCGUGUGGCAUUUCCCAGAGAUUGGAGAGGUUGGGGUGGAUGAGCGGAGCAAUAACGCUCUCGCAAUCAACCACUUUCCACUUCCCAGGACUACAUACGGCGAGACAUCUAUGAGCUACAUCAUCAAGGCUCAUGACCGCAGAGGAAAGUUCAAUGCUCCUGUGGCGAAAUCUCUUGGAGUUGAGCCUCGGGACUUUAAACUGCUAACUGCAGGCCAGAGCGUUCAGGGGAAAGAUGGUCUGGUGACACCUGAAAUGGUUCUCGGAGAGACUCAGCGGGGAAGAGGCAUCAUUGUAGCGGACAUUGGCAGCCAGGAUCUUGUUGAGCCUUUCAUGGAGCGGCCCGAGUGGAAAAACAAAGAGUUGAUGGAAAAUGUCGCAGUCAUGUAUUGGAUCUUGGGGCCAAACAUGACCGAGGACGCUCGAAUCCAGCAAUUCAUUCAGCAACACACCGACAUUAAGCACAUUUUCUGCGCAGAUGAGGCAUGCCCAAACAUGGUUACGCAUCCCGGCGCUGCUACCAUUCAGACCAAGCUGCGCCGAAUCGAUCCCGAGAGGUUCCCUCUCCUCAAGUUCGAGAACACAGUCCGAUAUCCGGCCCCUUCAGAAGGCUCUCCAAUUGAGCUGGGCCGAGCCGGACAUAAGUUUCAGCUCAUGCCACGCCUCGUAUUUGACGACCAAGCCAUCGCCCCAUUUCCCGAUUUGGUCGAGGCCUACGAAUCGGUAGACGAUGAGGUCCUCAAGAUGGCUGAAGAGGCUCGCUCUGAAGCCACAGACCCAAAGUUUCUGGAGCGGGUUGAGAAGGAAGAGGUUGACAUCCCGAACCGUGACGCAGAAAUUAUCCCUCUUGGCACAGGAUCAUCAGUUCCCAGCAAAUACAGAAAUGUUUCUGCCACACUGGUUCGAGUUCCGGGAAUUGGAAACUACCUGCUCGACUGCGGUGAGGGAACACUGGGCCAGAUUCGACGUCUCUUUGAUGCCGAGGAAGCCGCAGACAUUCUGCGCAAUCUGCGGUGCAUCGUCAUCAGCCACGUCCACGCCGACCAUCACAUGGGCACCCCGUCGCUCAUCAAGGCAUGGUAUGAACAGACCUUGAAAGAUAACAGCAACGCUACACUCGCAAUAUCCUGCAUUGGACGUUACCGAAUCCUGCUGGAGGAGUUGUCCCAAAUCGAAGACAUCGGCUACCAUCGACUACGCUUCCCUAGCUGCCCCUGGCCCAAGGAGAAAGACCGGGACCUGACGACCCGUGAAGACCUCGGCGAAGAAAACUUUGGCCUCGCCUCCAUCAAGCGAGUCCCCGUCCCUCAUUGCUGGCGCUCGUUUGGUACCCAACUGGAGCUUACAUCCGGCCUCAAAAUCGCCUACUCUGGCGACUGUCGGCCGUCGAAGCUGUUUGCGCAGGAAUGCCGCGGCGCGCACCUCCUUGUCCACGAAUGCACCUUUGGCGAUGACAAGCAGGACCAUGCAAAGGCCAAGAAGCACAGCACCAUGGGCGAGGCGCUGUGGGUGGCGCGAGAGAUGGGCGUGCGGCGGACUCUGCUGACGCACUUUUCGCAGCGGUAUUCCAAGUCGGACUCGCUGAGGAGGGAGCGCGUCGAGGGCGUCGAGCAGGAUGUGCUGCUGGCGUUUGAUUUCAUGGCAGUGAAGCUAGGAGAUUUCCAGAAAGCGGCGUGUUAUUUGCCGUCAGUGCAGAGGUUUAUGGAGAAGUUGGCGGAUUGAGUUAUGUGUCAUAUGUAUAUAGUAAGCAUGAGGAUACCGGUUUAAAACCAAUCAUUGUUUAGAUAGAUGGAGACGAUGUUCGAGAUAGAAUCUCCUAUCACUCCUGCAGAUUUACUUGCUCGCUUGCACGUACCAGACGUGUCGAGCCGAGCUCAUCUCCCCUGACAAAAGACUAUAAACCUUCUCAUUGAUCC